CCGCCCUUCGCGGCCGCCGCGCCCCGCGGGGAGGAGGGAGGCCGUUCGCCUUCUCGCGGCGAUUGGCCCCUCGCGCGCCCCGUCCGCCGUUGCCAAGCGGGCCGCGGAGCUAUCAUGGCAACCGGCGGGGCGGCGGCGCCUGUGGCUCCGGCUCAACGGGCCGGGCCGAGCCCGCGCCCCCGGUGAUGGAGCCGGCCGGGGCCCUUCCCCCGAGCUGCUCCCCGGCCCCGGAGGCGGCCGAGCCCCCGGGGUCGCCCGCCCUCCCCGCCGAGGAGCGCCCGUCCGCCUCGGCCGCCCAGGAGGCGAGGCGCCGCGGGCCCGACCCGCAGGGCCCGGCGGGGCGCGGGGCGCGCGGCGGGGGCGGGCGGGCCCCGGCCCGGCGCGGAUGUGAGCCGGGGGGCCGGGCCCGGCGGCCCCGCGUCACCGUGGACAGCUCCAAGGCCAAGACCUCGCUGGAGGCGCUGAAGAUCAGCCUGCGGCAGCUCCGCUGGAAGGAGUUUCCAUUUGGCAGACGCUUGCCAUGUGAUAUCUAUUGGCAUGGGGUAUCAUUUCAUGAUAAUGAUAUAUUCUCAGGUCAAGUCAACAAGUUUCCAGGUAUGACAGAGAUGGUACGUAAAAUUACACUGAGUCGGGCAGUGCGAACAAUGCAAUAUCUGUUUCCUCUUGAAUAUAACUUCUACCCUCGAUCCUGGAUUCUGCCAGAUGAAUCUUCCUUCUUUGAGAAAGAGAUUCGUAUGAUGAAAGACAGGGAUCCAUCUUGGAAGCCCACUUUUAUUGUAAAACCUGAUGGAGGUUGCCAGGGGGAUGGAAUCUACCUCAUUAAAGACCCUAGUGACAUCAGACUGACAGGAGGCCUACAGAGCAGGCCAGCUGUGGUCCAGGAAUAUAUUUGCAAACCACUGCUUGUUGACAAACUGAAAUUUGAUAUUCGUCUGUAUGUCUUACUGAAAUCUUUAGAACCCUUAGAGAUUUAUAUAGCCAAAGAUGGACUUUCUAGAUUUUGUACAGAGCCCUAUCAAGAACCCACUCUCAAAAACUUGCACCAGGUUUUUAUGCACUUAACCAACUAUUCAUUAAAUAUUCAUAGUGGGAAUUUCAUCCAUUCUGACAAUGUAAACACUGGCAGCAAGAGGACGUUUUCAAGCAUUCUGUGCAGACUGUCUUCCAAAGGAGUUGAUGUCAAAAAGGUGUGGUCAGAUAUAAUUUCACUGGUGAUUAAAACAAUUAUUGCCCUGACACCAGAACUAAAAGUUUACUAUCAGUCUGACAUACCAGCAGGAAAGCCUGGGCCAACUUGCUUCCAGAUUUUAGGAUUUGACAUUCUCCUGAUGAAAAACUUGAAGCCCAUGUUACUUGAAGUAAAUGCAAACCCCAGCAUGAGAAUAGAACAUGAACAAGAGCUGUCUCCUGGGGUGUUUGAAAAUGUCCCAAGCCCUGUUGAUGAAGAAGUGAAAGUAGCUGUUAUCAGAGAUACUCUUCGUCUAGUGGACCCUCAGAAACAAAAGAAAAAAGAUAUCCAAGGAUUUCCAUUAGUUCUAACGUGUGCUUCUACAUUCCCUCUCCAAACGCUCCUACCGAUAACUAUAGAGAAGUGGCAUCUUUAUAAGUCUGCAGAACAAAGAUGUCAGACUUUGGAGCAUGUGUCAGACACAAAAGAAGAGCUACUGGAUGCGGGACCACCAGACAGACUGGAACAUGAUGCCAACAAAAAUACAGAGGCUGGCCUGCCCUCCCUGUGUCUCAAGCAAGUGUUUCCAAAGUAUGCUAAGCAGUUCAAUUAUCUGCGAGUUGUGGACAGAGUGGCUGCGUUGUUUAUCCGAUUUCUUGGUGUCAAAGGGACAACAAAGCUUGGGCCAACAGGUUUCCGAACAUUUAUAAGAAACUGCAAGCUGAGUAACAGCAAUUUUUCAAUGGCUUCUGUAGAUAUCCUAUACAUUGAUAUCACAAGAAGGUGGAACAGCAUGGGAAUCGAUCACAAAGAAUCAGGGAUGUGUUGGCAAGCCUUUGUGGAAGCUUUCUUCUGCCUGGCUCAGAAAAAAUACAAGUCGCUCCCACUUCAUGAGCAAGUGGCAUCACUGAUUGAUUUUUGUGAAUACCAUCUAGCUGUUCUGGAUGAGAAGCGCCUGGUUUGUGGCCGAGGGAUUGUGGAGCGCCGAAAUGCACUAGUUACUUGCCAGACAGAUGGACUUCAACUUACACCAGCUGCUCACACAUCCCUCCUGAAUCGCAUGGCCACAGCUAGUAAGCUUGCAGAUUAUAGAAACCAUCAAUACUAAUGGUGCUAUUUUAUCAGAGCAGAGCAGGGGAGACUGAUGGAAUUGAGAAUUAAUUCCCAGGUAUGUACGAAAGGAGGCGAAACAGACUCUUGAAUUCCUCCAUCUGAUAGUCAAAAUUGUUUUACAGCUUUUUUUGAUUUACGCUCUUGAAAAAGUCUAUUACAAGCUCUCAUUUUCAAAUAAUGACCCUUCCUGGCAAUGACUAUUUAUUUACUUAUCCAUAGAAUCUGCAGUACACUUUGAGUAACAAACUGUGUCUUUGUUCUGCUUGUAUAGAAAACCAUGCGUGAAGACAAACAACAAAAAAUUUAAGGGAAUGAUAACCAGCAUCAUGGGAUUGGUUGCACUGAUUGAGAGGCAUGUUACAUGAAAGGAAUUAUGUUGCUUUGUAUGCACUGGAUGUAUUAUGGAAACCAAGUAAGGAUCUGCAGUCUAAAUAGCAGUUGUGUGCUUUGGCAAACUGAAGCCUGGAAUUACAUAUGUGGUCAAAAUUUAGGCUUUGACCAUCUUUUUUGGUAGAUUGGACUGAAUUUGUUGGUAUCAGUACAGAUUUUGUUAAUUUCCUACUGCUAUGUACUUCAUUCAUAUUUUAAAUUAAUCUUAAAACAUUUAAAUCAUAAUAUUUUUGCUUCUAUUUCUUCAUACAUGACUUUGCCAUGACAACUACUGUUAAAUUUUUAACGAAAAACUAAAGUGUUUACCCUUUUUGCUUUCAGAGAGCCAGUAAGUUUAUACUUAUUCACAGAAAAAUUAACUUUGUUAAGUCAAAUUUGGUGAAUCAAGUGGUGUUUUUGUCUUCAACUACUAAGCACUGCUUCUGCAAAGAGCUCUGUAAGAGCCCCUUUACAGUAUAAAGGCCUAAGAGUUCAUUUAGCAUCCAGUGAAAUCAAUGCAGUCACUGACUUCAGGCUUCAGUAUUUUAGGAUUGUUUUUUAUUUUGUUUUGGUUUUGCUUUCGGCUGUUUGCAAUCCUAUUUGGACCUGCAGUAGCAUCUAAAGUAGUUUUUUUUUCCUCUUUGCAUAUGUUCUUCAUUUUUCCUUAGAUAACAGUAUAAUUCUCUAGCAAUUAGAACUAUAUUAUGUAACAGGAUAUUUUGUCAAGAAUGCUGGACUAUACCAUUAUAGCUUUUUGAAGGAGUUAUACAGAGUAGUCUUAUUUUUAAAGAAGUGAACCAUGAGUUUCAUAAUCACACUUAGGAGGGCCUUAGUAGAGACAUGAGGAUAUCUGAAAGGACAUGAAUAAUUUAGCACUUCAGGGCUGUUUAGUCAAGGUUUCUCUCUUUUUUUAAAAAAUUUUUUCUUUUUUGGUCUCAUACCUGAACUUUUCAGUUUUUGCCAACAUGAAGACAUAUAUAACUAAAUCAGUUGUAUAUGUCUUUUAAUAAGAUGCUCAUUCUUUAUUUUCCUCAUGCACCUUCAUAUACUGCUUUCUAAUUCAUUUGUAUAAGACAAUGAACAACUCCAAACAGUAUGUUUUGAUUUUACAUAUAUAUUUUAGGAGAAAAAUUGUAUGCUUUCAGUUUUUAAUAUAUGCAGAAAAUUACCUUAGCUUGAUGCCUAAAUGCUGUAACAGCUGGCAUAUCAGAAAUACCCUUGAUAAAAUCUUAUGUUUUAAAUAUGAUCUUAUGGGAAGUGCAUUUUCAAUGCAGAGGAUUUAGGAUCUUUACACCCAUUUGAUGCCAUGGACUAAAUGCAUGCACAGUAUUGAGUGAAUUUUUGCUUCAAGACAGGUUUAGAGUUUACGUUCUUGAUUUUAGUUGUAAGUAGCAUGCAUUUUUCCCACGUGGCAACCAGCAGCAAGGCUGCACAGUGCAGAAGUCAAGCUGAGCCCACAAGAAACUAAGACCCAGAAUGUGCUAUUAUCACAUGCAGAAGUACCACCUUAUCCUCUUGUCUUUUCCUUAACACACAUAAUAAUAGUAGUAGAUAAUCUAUUUUUCUGUAAUGGCUAGACUGUUUGAAAUUUUAUGUAUCGUACAGUUAAGAGGACGAUUGUAGACUAAUGCCACUGUCCUCAGCUUUGGUUACGUUUCAUAAGGAUUAUUGCAGUAUGAAGAUAAAAUGCCAAACUCCAGCGUUUGGCAUCUGUCAGGACAAAUGAAGCUGAAAGGGUCAUUUUUUUCCACAGUUUCAUUGUAAUAUAUCUGAAGACAUUCACAAGUUGAAAAAUGGUUACUUCUCAUUUUGUGACAUCUGACAUCUGUCUUGCGAUUGGCAGUGUGUUGCUAGAAAAUAGCUUACAGUUUCUCUCAUCUUGUGAUUGAUGUCCUGUAGAGACAGACUUACAGAAGAGUAGGAUUUGAAAUGUUACAGAUGUGAAUGCCUUCCCUUAGAGCUUUCAAGUAGUACAACCCAUGCCCUAAAAUACCAAUUUUUUGCUACCGUAUACCAGUUACCCUGAUAUCUAGGUGAAAUAAAUUAAUUAUUGUAGAUAAUGAACAUUGAUAAGAUCUCUCUGUAUUUUGAUGAUCUUUAUAUUCUCCAGAUCUAAUACAGAUUUUUAUAGCCUUGUACACACACAGGCUGUAAGUUGAGCAGUAUACCCAAUUUGUCUCUUACUUCUAAUAUGAAGGAUCCCUAGUAGAAUAGUGAAAAUAUUCUAUUAUCUUUCUCUAGUAAUCCAGUGUUCAUAUAUUUUUAUAAUUGGAAAAUUGAAUGCUAUAUUAUUCCCUGGGGGAAAAAAACAGGAGGGUACUUCAGAGAUUUAAUGACAAAAGUCACAUUUGUUCCCUCCUAUCUAAUGCAUUUUCUUGCCAAUGUUAUUUAGCAUCCACAGCAAUUUCACAUAGCCUUUAAGUUAGUAGUCUGUGCACACACAAAAAUGACCAGAGAUGCUUAAUUCAGAAUAUGAAUGCUAAUCACUGAUGAUAAUCUGUUAAUCCUGAGGUACCUUACCAGCAGAAGAAACAAUAAAUGCAGGUGUUUUGUUUUUUUAAAAAACAGUACUUUUCUAUAUAUUCUUUUCAGAGAAUACUACAGCAUUCACUAUUCAAUUUGUAAGUAUACAUGAACAUUGCAGCCAGUGAAAUCUUUCUCAUUAUCAGACACAUUGGGGCCGGUGUUUCCAACUGUGUCUAAAUCAAAAUAAAUCACUUAAAAAUCUAAAGCAGAUUUGAGGCACCUGAGUCCAGAAUUUCAGUCCAGACAGAUCCCCUCCCUCUAGGUUUGUAUCUAGUCUGAAUGUGCCUAAACCCAGUAGGUGACUCUGUGUUAGGUUUUUAAGCUGAGUGAGUUCUGUCUCUGCAGACUGAGGUUUGUCUUCGCCCUGAACUUGCCCAAACUCCCAACUCACCCCAUUGUAGCCACAUGCUCUGAGACCAUUUACCAUACACCCAAGCGGAUCCCUUCACUUGCCAUACAGUUCUGGCUGCUUUUGUUAAAACCCGGCUGCAAAGGGAGGUACCCAGCUAACUAUACAAUUAACCUGCGUUCAGAUGUGAGACCCCAGCUCACCUGCUUCCCAUUUCCAGGCUUCUCCUCCCCAUGCCCUGGGGGUGACUCCUUGCUCUACCCCCAUGGUUGCACCAGUCUCGCAUUCAGCCCGUCGUCAGGGAACCCAUGGGCUUGGAAACCCUUGCGAUGAGGAGGGUUCUCCUCCUCUGUCUGCAUUUUAAGAGAAAUGGGACUUGCAGAGUCCUUUGAAACCGGGGAGUGUGAAUAUCCUCAUAUUCCGAGUGCUGGUGGCUGAAGGGGCAGGAGGUCUGUGGCGAUUCAGCGAGCGUGACGAGGGCAUUGCUCCCACGCUGUUGAACGUGGAGGCCCUCAGGGCAGCAUUAAAAUCCUGGCAGGAGCUGCCAGAGGAGGAGCAGCCCCCAACGGGGAUUUACCUGGAUGGUGCCUGGGCUCUGUUGCUCCUGCGUGAGCUCUAAGUUACUGACAGAGCAUGGGUCUUUCAUAAGGACACGUAGCUGCCCCCGUCCAGCAGUGCGCUCGCUUGCUAGUGUGAAGCAGGAGCCGAAACGCCUGCCACGGCGUGGGUUUCGGUCUGGGGUCGGGCAUCGGCAAACCAGGCACUGCGGUUCCAGCCAGCUCUGUGUGUGACCCUGUUCUGAUUUCUGCGUGAUGGACCGUGACAAUCGGUUCCUAAAUAUUAGCCAGUUCCCUGUAAUUUAUUUUCUUUUCCAUCAUGCUUUGUUGUUUUUCCUCUUAAUCCCGUGGUUCUGCUUUUUCAGCUUGCCUAAUAAACUGCUGCGGUCAAUUUGGCUGAAUCCCUUAGUUUAACUUCCUGUGUUGCUAUACGACCUUUUCUGUAAGCUGAGCGUCUUUGUUUCGAAGGGGAGUCUAUCCUGCUUCCUCUUUCCGAGGUGUUAGCAUGCCUCAGGCCUUGCCAAGUAGAUGCAUCAAUUCUAGAUUUUCUGUGCUUGAUGUGGAAGAUUGAUCUCUGCGGCUUUUGUCCAUGAGCACUGGCCCUGCACGCUGCCAGCCGCUCUCGUCUCCACGCGGUCGGUCCGACGUCUUGGAUACAGGGGUUUCCUUUGGGAUUCCUUUAGUUGAGUUUCACGGGGCAGAAAUGCAUAAAGGAUCAUUCAGUCUAGUCAAGCCGGAGCACAGAGAUGCUGCUGGGGGUUUGCGCCAGCUCGCAGCAGCGUGGCUGGGACGGCGGCGCCCCUGAUGUGCUGGACCUCGCCGGCAGCGGUGCUCCUGCUAAAUAAAGAGCUGUAACCGAACUGCACAGGUCAAUGCACGCAAAUCCACGUGCUUCGUCUCCCCAGGCCCUGGACUCAGCUGAAAUCCUUGCUGGUCGCUGUCUGCAUUGGCUUGCCCAGCUGUGCCAUGGGAGGCUGCGUGAAAGGUAAUUUUUCGUAAGGAAAGACAUUUGUGCAGGCAGUGGGCGCAGCAACGCGCCUUGUCCUGUGCCUGUGCGUGUCCGUACGGAUGCGGAUUUGGUGAUGCAGAAGGGCGAGGGCAGCUCGCGGGGGCACGCCGAGGCCGAGCCCUGCGUCGUUACUGAUCCCGGUGUCGUGAAGGGGACAGAAAGCGGCCGCCUCUGCAGGGGACGCGCCGGCAGGACCACUGCCUGGGGAGAGGAGCCGACCCGCUUGCUGCGGCCACAGCUACCGGUGCCACCGCUGCAGCACGAACUCUCCGUCGGUGGCUGAAACGCCAUUUGCACUGCUCACUGCGCGUGGAGCCGUCCACGCCACUGCUGUUUGGGUUUUUUUUCCACUCUGCUUUUAAAACGUUGCACUUUAAUUCUGCAGAUGUUUUGACCUCCUUCAACCACCUGACUACUUGCUUUGACAGCCAUAUGUAUAUUUUAUUGCUGAUUUGAACGGUUGGCAUUUGUUACUAUUUAACGUCGACGGUGUAGAAAACACCGCCGUGUAAAAUAUAAGCUGUGAGUGACUGCUAA